AUGGAUAUCUGUCCCGUCGGAUUGACAAGCGGAUCAGGCCCUUCGUCCACAGUCUCCGUUGUCAUUCUCUGUCGUAUCAUGAGUUGGCUUCAAAAACUAGGACAGACUCUGUGGGAUAGUCUCUUACACAAGUUCGAUCGGGAGGAUCUCGCGCCUUUAAAUGCACCUGCCUUAUCGGAUGAGCAAAAGAAGAGUCACCGCCUUUCUCUCGAGAUCAAAUAUGGUCUCGUUGACGCUCAAAGAGCGGACGAUGCCAUCCAGUCCUUACGCCGUGCAGAAGAUGACGUAUCCCAUCGGAGCUCAAUGCUGAAGCGAACUACCGAUCAGAGUCAGGUCGCCCAAGCGAGGUGCGACAGACUGCGAAAGGCUUUCGACGAAGCUGCAUGGCAAAGCAAUCACCUGCAUGAAAUACUCAAGGAGGAGCGAGAAGCUCUCCAAUCAGCUGUGUCCGCUAAGAAAAUAGCGGAGAAGCGCGCAAAACAGCUGUUCGAAGAGUACCUCAAAGGACCUUCAAGGGGUAUUCUUCUUGAUGAUAGCUCAAUUAUGAACGUUGAACCAGGAAGCCGAACGGAAAAUGGCAUUCAAACGGCAUCGGAACGCUCUAGCUCCAUCGGAAGCCACACCCGUACGCAUAGUCGGGGCAAAUUAUUUAGAGCCGAGCGUAGUCAGGGCUUCGCUUCGACUGACUUUGGGCUUUGGCAGCAACUUCGUGGAUCACGAUCGUCGAGUAACCCGACCUCUUUUCUUCCUCCGCCAUCGUCAUCUCUACAGAGCCCAUCCCAAGGGGGAGUUGCAAACUCGGGAAACUCGAGGACCGCGGACCUUGGUUCUCAGCGGAAACGAAAGAAUCCUUUUCCGCCCUCGACCCCGAGUUCGGACAGGCCCCCAUCCUUUCUGCCCCCCGCCCCGGAUCUGGACGAUUCCCUAAUCGUCCAGCUUCCGUCCUUUAUACCCUCGAAAGUCGCUCAGCCCGCCGAUUCUAGUGGCGUGAAAUUGCAAGUAAACGACAUAGCUCGUGCAGGAAGGCUCGCUGAAUCGAGAGGUCGCCCGCUGCCUCUUUCACCUGCGUCGUGCUCGUCUGCGAACAGAUCGAUCAAAUCAAAAACUGAGAUAUCCUUCGCUGCUGACUCUGAUCGACGUCGCCGCGACUUCUCGCCGUCUCGGUGGUCUGCUUCAACCCUCGAUUACACGAUGAGUUGGUUGUGCAAGCCAGGACAAGACCUCUUCAACAGUCUUAAGGAUCGUUUCAAGCCUGAGGAUCUAGCAUCACUCAAUGACGACACGCUCUCCAACGAACAAAAGGAAUCCCAACGCCUAGAAAUAGAAUGGAAAUACGGCCUCCUCGCCGCUCAGAGAGCGGACGAGGCGAUCCGAGCCUUACACCUGGCCGGCGAUGAGAGAGACUGUUCGCUGGCAUCCUGCCGGCGAGUCCAGGCCAAGCACAAGCAGGCUGUGGCCAAGGCCGAAGACGCUAAGAAGGUUUGGGAAGAAGCCAAGAUCCAAGCUGAGCGUCUUCAGAAAAUUGUCAACGAGGAACAAGAGGCCCACAAGCCGGUCUAUGAGGGAUACAUCAAAGCGGACGUUCGGGCUCGUGAUUCGUUUGCAGAAUAUCAGAAAAAGGCUAUUGAGCAGGGAUAUAGCUCAGCAGAUCUCCGAUUUGAGCCAGGAAGCAGAACGGAAGGAAGCAUUCAAACGCAAGUGGAAGGUCUCUCCGGUAGCCAGUCCGCCAUCCGUACAACCGAGUCAAUCUACAACUACACAGAAGCCUACGACUUCACAACAAUCUUCUAUGCGUGUGCAGCAACCUACGACUGUACAGCAACCUACGGCUGUACAGCAACCUACGACUGUACAGCAACCUACGACUCUACAGCAACCUACGACUCUACAGCAAUCUACGAAUCUGCAGCAAGUUACGCCUCCGCAAAACUCUACAACUCAACAGAAAUCGAUGUCCCUACAACCACCUUCCGAAGACCGACUUCCAAGUAUUCCGAGCGCUCAUCUUCCCCCGCGUCCUCUAUCUCCACCACGUCCGACCGGCACGGGUCGGGCGAUCCCGAUGAGAGCACAAUCUUCGAAGCUAGACACCUUUCCCCCCCGAAAUUCCUUGCUUUUGCGGCCCUCGACUCCUACCACUUUCCAACCUUCUCCCCUUCCAAGUGCCACGCAUCUUCGGGUCGACUCUGGUGGAGCAGCACCGUAUCCUUUGCUGAGACAAGUACAAGUCUUCUCUCGUUUCUCACGGCGCAGGAGCAGUUGCAGAUGAGUUCCGCCGAGCGAGGAUCGCAAAGAUCCGAAGCGGUCGGCACAAAGAGAAGCAGGCCUGCAGAAAUGAAUACUGCCGGGGAUCAGGAGGAGCAGUCCAGGUCGAAAAGGGCAUGUAUGGCCGUCAAAGACGAGCCGCAUGAUGACCUCUGA